UGGCAUCAAUGGAUUAUACCUUUCUUCUUUCUGCAAAUCGCAGCAUCUGCACUGCACAGAGAGAGAGAGAGAGAGAGAUUAGGGUUUGGCUCUGAAAUCAAUUGGGGAUUUUGACUUCUAAGUAUGUCGAAUUCGAGGGUUACCAUCACUCUCGGUCGCUCUGGCCAGGUUGUGGAGAGAGGAGGAUUUGUAUCCAACUCUGGGAAAAUGCGUGGUGAUAGUGGGAUGGUUUCUGGAAGUAAACGAAUGGCAGACAGACUUGGGAGUAAUGCUCAUGGUUUUUCGUUUUCUUCGGGCAAGCGGCAACGAGGAGAUGGCAUAAAAUGGAAUGAGGGUGAUAGAACACUGCAAGAUUCACGAAUCAGUCGAAAUGACCUCAGAUUGAAAUUGUUGCGUAAAAGAUUAUUUAAGAAGCAAAUUGGCGGAGUUGUUGAAGAGCGCAAGCAGAUGGACCCUCGUGCAAAGCUUUCAAAACCUGUUCAUCCUUCACUGAAAUACCAGGUGUUGCAGCAUAAUUCAGAAACAAAUGGAAGUAACACCAUGAGGCAGGUUCCUCCCAGAGAAAGUCCCGCUGAUCUAUACCAGGUAAAUUCUCGAAGAAACUUCUACUCUUCUCCAACUACAGAUGGAUUCAGAGGUAGAUCCCCACCAAGAGAGCUGCACCCACCAUCAUCAUUUAGGCCAGUUGACGCUUCUAGAGCUGGCCAGUUCCCGAGAAUUGGUAUGGUUGGUUCUUCUCAGCCAACAGACUCCUUUAUUUUCACAAUGAAAGCUAACCCUCAAGCUGCCAGGCCAAUAGCACAGUUUGCACCACCAAGUGCCAGUCUGCAGAGAAGUUCACAAAUGGUGGAUGAAACUCUAACUGUUGCUGGCUUGUUGCAUAGCCUUAGUUUGGGAAAAUAUGCCAUUAUUUUCCAGGCUGAAGAAGUGGACAUGACUGCUUUGAAGCAGAUGGGGGAUAAGGAUCUCAAGGAGCUGGGCAUACCGAUGGGACCAAGAAAAAAGAUCCUUCUUGCACUUUUGCCCCGUACUAAACGGCAACCACCAUAAUCUCUACUUUUACCGAUGCAACAAAAGAUCUUACUAAGAACGGAGGAUAGAAGAUUGCCGCUGUGCCAAUCGCAUUUCAUUUGUUUGUACUUUCACCCGUUGUAUCUGAAAUAUAGUUGAAGUUGAGGUUCGAGAGGGGUUGAUUAGUUUGAAUAAUUCCUCCUCCUCUAUAGGUGUCGUGUUGUCGAUUUGAAAGAUAGGGUUUGUGUUGUAUUUUAUACAUAGAACUAAGACAUGAACAAAUGAAUGUAUGAAUUUAAUGUUUAGUUACUUUGUACAUUGCA